AUGGUGGCUAAAACCAGGAAACAGACCGGGAAGAGUCCCGGUCAAACCCAGACCCUUCAUCAUAUUUCACCCCACAGCAAAAGUAACAUUAGGCGACCAGGCAGGGACAACAAGGCUUUCUCUCAUCCAGACGGGCUGUCGAUAAUCGGACACAAGCUCGGGCUAACUUCGCCGUCGGUCUGGAGCCUGGCUGUCACGGUCCUUCUCGCUGGGCUGACUGGAUAUCUGCACUGGUAUCAUCUGUCUCAGCUCUUUGAGAAUGACAGACACUUUUCACAUCUGUCGAACCUGGAGAAAGAAAUGGCUUUCCGAACAGAAAUGGGUCUGUACUAUUCCUACUACAAGACCAUCAUCGAGGCUCCUUCGUUCUUGGAUGGACUCCAUAUGAUCAUGAACGAUCGAUUAACCGAGUAUCCUCUGGUCAUUAACACUCUGAAGAGGUUCAAUCUCUACCCAGAGGUGGUCCUGGCCAGCUGGUACCGCAUGUACACAGGUGUUAUGGGCUACUGUGGGAUCCCCACUAAGACGUGUUGGUCCAUUAACAGAGGAGAGGGACUCACUCCUGUGGAUAGCUGUGAAGGACUGGGCGACCCUGCAUAUUUCUACGUAGCCUGUGUCUUCCUACUGAAUGGCGCAAUGAUGAGCAUUUUCUUUAUUUAUGGAGCUUACCUCAGUGGAAGCAGACUGGGGGGAAUUGUCUCCACGUUGUGUUUUUUCUUCAAUCAUGGUGAAAGCACUCGUGUGAUGUGGACUCCACCCCUGAGGGAGAGUUUUGCGUACCCAUUUCUAGUCCUGCAGAUGCUGCUUCUCACCUACAUCCUACGCGUACGAAAACCAGGCAGGACAGCCAUGAUCGCUCUGGGCAUCUCCAAUUUAUGCUUCAUGCUGCCUUGGCAGUUCGCCCAGUUUGUGCUGCUCACUCAGGUGGCUUCACUGUUUGCGUCCUACAUCCUGGGCUACCUUGCUGCUGCUAAAAUGCAGUCCAUCCUGGUCACUCACAUGAUCACACUCGGCGUCUGCUUCGUCCUGAUGUUUGGAAACUCCAUGCUCCUCACGUCUUUCUACGCCUCUUCGCUCAUUUCCAUCUGGGUAAUCAUUGCUUUGAGGAACCAAUUCAUUCAGAUGUUCAAACCUGGCAUUAUCCUCUGGGUGAUGCAAGGACUGGCUUGGGUUGGCUCCACAGUUCUGCUCAAAUUUCUGCUCUCCUCUGUGUUUGGUGCCUCUGAUGAUGCUCACAUCAGUGGACUGAUCAAGUCCAAAUUCACGAGUUACAAAGACUUUCACACUCUGAUGUACACCUGCGCUGCCGAAUUCGACUUCAUGGAGUUUGAGACGCCGGUUCGUUACCUGAAGACGUUGCUGCUGCCCGUCAACAUGCUUGUGGUUGCUCUCAUUGCAAGCAAGACGGUGCAGGAUCUGUUUCGGACUCUGACACAAAAAGCAAAAACGUCUCCAAACAUGGAGGAUGAAGAUGAAUUCACAGGGUCUGAUGUAGCUGCAAAAGGAGAGAUGGUGUACCACAGCCUGCAGCUGGUAGCCUUCGCCGUCCUGGCCAUCCUCAUCAUGCGCCUGAAGCUCUUCCUCACUCCGCACAUGUGCAUCAUGGCGUCACUGCUCUGUUCCCGACAGUUGUUUGGUUGGAUUGGUGAGCGGUUCAAGCACCAGGCUGUAGUUUUCACAGUGCUGGGCAUGAUGGCUGUACAGGGAGUGGCCAACCUGCAGGCCCAGUGGGCCAUCAUUGGAGAGUUCAGCAACCUGCCGCAGGAGGAGCUGCUGGACUGGAUCCAGGAAAACACCCAGCAUGACUCUGUGUUUGCUGGAGCCAUGCCCACCAUGGCCAGCGUGAAGCUCUCUGCUGGCCGGCCGAUCGUCAACCACCCCCACUACGAAGACGCUGGUCUCAGGGAGAGAACCAAGCUGGUCUAUUCCAUGUACAGUCGCAUGUCCGGUGAAACAGUUCAACGAAACCUAAUGAAGCUGGGGGUGGACUUCUUCAUCCUGGAGGAUUCCUGGUGCACCAGGAGAACCAGGCCCGGGUGCAGCAUGCCAGAGAUCUGGGACGUAGAAGACCCUGACAACGUUGGGAAAACUCCCUUCUGCACUCAAAUGUCCAACGACCCGUGGCCGUACUUCACCACUGUCUUUUCCAACGAUGUCUACAAAGUUCUCGGAGUCCCCAAAGAUCUGAGAUAACAGCUCUGAGGAGACGGGACCAAACCAAAUUAAGUUCAAGCAAACUUUUUUAUCCUGAUUUCACACUUCUGUUUCUUCUUCCCACACCUGUGGUGUCAGUAUUUAGGACAGAAAAAAUGGCAUAAAUCCAGCCUGAGUCGCCGCCCACACAGCCUAGUAUUUGUGACUUUCAAGUAUUUUUUUCUGAUCCAGAAGCGUCACUGUGUCCAUGUCCGGGUAUAUGAGAAAGCCAAAAAGUGUCACUGUUUCUCACUUAGCUUGUUGCUUUGGCUCCGGUACGAUUAUUCCUUGUUUUAAAGGAUUCAUCCCUAUUCUCCUUCCUACAUUUUUAACUUUAUAACUGUCGCUUCAGUCAGAAACUGUCGGUGAUGUCCAUAUACUGUGAAGUAAUACCGUUUGUAAACUUGACAAAAAAAAGCUGAUUUCCUCUAUCGUUAUGCACAGUGAAAAGGUUUUUCUGUAGUACAGUAUUUUUAUAAUUUAUUUCUGUGAGCAGUUUCAUGCAACUUCAAGAUUUUAGGAUGUCUCUGUGUUUGGAGGCUUUUUAAAUCUAAUACAUAUCAUACAGUGUUGAAAGAUCUAAAUACGGGCUCUUUUCUCAUGAGAAAAGAGCCCUUGUAAUUUGGAAGCUUUUUUAGGGGUGAAUAUGGUAAGAAAAUGUAAAUACAUCUUCAAACUGCCCUGGUACCACUUUUUAUAUACUUGUUUUGUAAAAUACCAAUGUUUAGCCUUUAAAAUGGUUCAUAUUGUGUUUCUUGAAUUAUUGUUUGUUGCCAAAGGAAGUCUUGUUAUUAAAGCUACAUAUUCAGGGUACUUUAA